AUGUCCAACGAUCGAGACAGCAGCCCACCCUCCGGCCCUCGAGAGCGCCGAGGUUCCGUCACCUCUGCUGCAUUCUCCAGUCUUUUCCAGCGCAGCAACUCCAUCUCCACUGGCUCAAAUGGCAAUCAGAUGUCGUCAUCGGCUGCAGCUAGAGACCCGCGCCGACGCCUUUCUGUCACUACUCUAGGUCUAUCUGGCGGUGGCCCUGCCCCAGCCUCAGCCACUGGAGCAUUUGGAGGAAUCAGACGGGGCAGCAUCUCCACCAACAACUCCGACUCCAUCGAUGAGAACGCCAUCGAGGACGAUGAGAACUCGACUCGCACCGCUCCCACCACCCCUUUCGUCCGUCGUAUGAGCUUCGGCGCCAAUGCCAUGCGCUCUAUGCGAGCCCCCGGUGGCUCUCCCCCCGGUUCUACUGGUAGGCCUGACCCAGCCCGCCGUUCUUCGGGCGGCUCAUCCAAACCACCCAUUACAAGCACCGCUACUAUGGCCGCUGGCCGCAGAGUCAGCGCCGCUCAGGCAAGCACAGCACUACCUCAAAGAUCCCCUUCUGACAUUCUCUCCGCUACUCGUGCAGACCAAGGCUUCAAUUGGUCAGAGCAGCUUAGGUCCCGCGCCGAAAGCAGUGUCUCGGGUAUACGCCCAUCUUUCAGCAUGGCGUCUGGUGGUGGCUCCCCACCCCGACCUGGUAAUGGUUUCCACGAUCGCGCCAAAUCUGUCUCCGACAUGCCAGCUCCACCCCAGCAAGCUGCUGCUGUCAAGCCCAAACAACCAGAGCCACGCAAACCCGACGCUAUGCAAGAACGCAUUCUCAAGGGCGACUUUUACAUGGACUGA